CAGCAGCAUUCAGGCAAUAAACUGAACUUGGAGUUAAAAAAGAAGUGAUAUUCGGGCCUGGUAUCCAAAUGCCAAGCAAGUUUUGAGGGUGAUUGUUUUUUGCGAUUGCGUUUCCGCUUGAUUCGCCGUCGAUGAUCGAAAACCGCGAGAGUUGGAUGCGCAAAAAACAGGUCGGGAUGUGUUGCGUGGGAGGGAUUCGGUUCGCGAAGUGAGUUUCUGGUGUUACGUGUGCGGAGCUACUGGAAAGCCGUAUGGGAUCCCUCACUUUGGGAUUCCUCUUUGCCCUGCUGGUGAAACCGCACUGGUCUCAAGUUUCCUGGACCCCGAUAUUUGUCGAUGAAAAAAGUAUUGUGGAUUUGUGGACGAGCAAAUCUACAGGUUGCGCUUGUCCGUACAACAAAACCGGGAAUGAUUGCGCCUGCUGCACGGAUGGGGGUUGUCACUGCGGUCUCGCCGCACCCAACCGCUGCGCCCAGUGCGGCAUCCAACAGUACUGCACCAAUAUGUGUAAUGUGACGAUUGAUGCAUCCACAAUUGCUGCUCAGUCGAACAAAACUUACGGUCAGAUCAAGUCGCCCUCUCUGGAAGGACCCGGAACAUGCUGGUAUCUUUUGCGACCUGAUCUUGGUCAGAGAGUCGAAAUCCAAGUGCAUCGUAUUCUAAACAUCGGGCGAUUCAAUGGCACCGGGUGUCAGUCAGGGGUCUUGCAGUUCAUGGACGGCGAGGACCCGACAGCCCUGGCGUCCUCGAAAGGGAUUCAGCUGUGUGGUGAGAACGAAAGAUAUGCCCAACCUGUCGUUCUCUUUGCUGAUAAGUCGCCGGCAACGUUGGUUUUCAGGAUUGAGGAGUCAACAAUCAGAUCGCAAUUUUUGGCAUACUUCAGCUUCUCAUCGAACAGCAGUCCACAAGGGGUGAAAUUUCAGCCCAAGGGUGGUCGCAGAAUGCCCGACACAGAAUGCGACUGGCUGUACCAAGACAUCGGGUGCCAAGACUGCCUGCUAGCUACGCCGGGCUACCCGGGAGUGUACCCGUCGCACAUAACCUGUCAAUAUCACCUUACGACCACCUCCAUUCUCACGAAAAUACGAAUCAAAUUUCUCUCGCUCAAACUCCCGCAUAAUCACUGUAGCAGUCACCACAUCAAUAUUUACCAGGGCCCAAACAACAGUAGCCACCUUCUGAUGACCAUCUGCUCUGAUAAAGAAGAAGAGCUCGUUUUCUCAGGGCCUCAUCUUUUAUUUGAGUUCAAGGGAGGUCCCUCAAUACCGCCUUACGACUACCGAGGAUUUCUUGCUUCUGUUUCCUUCAUCAAGAAAAUGAUACCCACAGUGAUGACGACUGAAACCACUCCAGCAUUAACGACAGAGCUGCCAUACACUGCCAGGAUGGAAAGUUACGGUAAUAAUUCACACAAUGGAUGUGGGAUCCAAAUUCUUGCUAAUGACUCGAGAACAGGUCACUUUAACUCCCGCCCUCUGGAACACCAUCGUAAUUGCUCCAUUGUUUUUGUGGGCAAUCCCAACGAUAUCGUCCAUCUUUCAGUAUUUAAUUACAAAUUAAAAGCACCUGCUUGUCAGUCGUAUUUGGAGCUGUACGACGGACCGAUAGGAGGAAAUAAACCAAUGAAGCGGAUUUGUAGCCCUCAGACAAAACAUGCCCGUGAUGCCAGUGGCAAGUUUCACUCACAUGAAACUUUGAUGUCUUCAGGGAAUACAUUCUCUAUUCUUUUGCACCGUCUCUUGGGGGAAACUUACACAGACGUAGAACAUAUUGAUGGAGCGUAUGCCUUUCAUGAUGAACAAAAAGAUGGUACAUUAGCACCGGACACUCUAUGCAACACCGAUUAUUAUGGUGAAAACAGCCUAUCAAGUGGUCAGAUAACGAAUCCUGGAAACCAGCAAAUAUACUGGAAUGUUGAGGGUCGUUUAGUAUGUGCACAUCGCUUUAUACCAGCUCUCAAUCAGAGCAUCACGCUCAAAAUCACAGCACUCAAACUGUCAAACGAACCUGGGUGCCAAACUGAAUGUGGAGACGCUGGUUGUCGCUGCAACACUGAUCUCGUGUCUCUCUCCCAUGUCGAUCAUCUGUUAUUCAUGCAUGACAAUGGUGCCCAAAUUUCUUGCCUUUGUGGCAAUUUUCACGAAGACUGGCUACCCGUCUCUAUCAGAAGUUGGUCCCCAUUGAGGCUGGUCUAUUCCGUAGCUCACUACAGUUGGACUGCUCAAGGAUUUAAUUAUAAGACUGAUUAUUCUUUUAAUUUAGAUGGUGCCUGUGGUCAUCAUGUCAUAAGUAAUCACUCAGGUUCUUUGCAUUCUACACGAAUCGUUGGAGGAGGUGAAUUAAAUUACUACUAUCACCAAAUGUGUUCGUGGACUUUAGAUUCGAAUGUGGAUAGACAACUAACUCUAGAAUUAGCGACAUCUCAAAACCGUCCUUGUACAGCGUGGAAUUUCACACUGUACGAAUAUUCAGAGGGCUCGUCAGAUCAUCUAGGGCCCAUCAUACAUACUUUCUGCCCGCGAGACAAGCACAAAGUGUAUAAUCUUGCUUGGAGGCUCAAUGUUGUUGUUAUCAAACUGACAGCAAUGACGAGGACGCUCCCGCAGUAUUUCAUAAAAUGGCAGUCACAAGUCGUGAGAGCAAAUACCCGAAUUUCGGGGCAGACAUCCUCAAUUUUAUCAUCUCCCUCAUCGUCCUUCUCGCACGCAAUGCCCAUUAGUAGGAGCCCUCUUAAAGCCAUUUUUCUAGUAUUUAUUGUUAAUUUACUGAGUUUGCACUUUGUAUAUAGGUGAGGUCACUCUCGUUGAAAUUGUUUGACAAGAGUUGUCAAACUUAUGUUUGUACAUUCUAAAUUGUUAUUGCUUGGGAAAAAUCAGGGUCCCUUUGGAUUUUCAAAAAUAUUUUCUCUGUAGAUAUGUUUCCAAAACAGUCCAGCCGUUUUUUUUUUUUGUUAAAAAAAAGAACCCAUAAAACACGAAAGAAAAAGUUCAGAUCUGGGUCAAGAACUUGCAGCCAAUCGUGAUAAGAUUUUUGCAAGGACCUACAGAUUGAUGAGCAUACUUGUUACUUAGAUUUUUAAGUUGAAAUAUACCGAAGUAUUAAAAACAGUAGUUUAACUAUUUCUGCACGAAAAUUGCGAAAGUAAGUAUAAAUAUUAGCAUAUUACCCUCUAACUUUUUUCAGACAUCCUGAUUGAAUUAUUCUAUGUGGAGCGAAAAGUUAAUGAAAGUUAAAAAUUGAACAGUCACAAUAGUUAACCAAUAUCAGAGCACAAAAUUUUAGGUACUUUGCUGAACAUCUUGUUUCGGGUUAUUUAAAUUUUGUUUUUUAUGGCCCUCUCAAAGAAGCUGCAUGAUUGGUCAUCACUGCUUAACGAGUAUGUUAGUAUACAGCUCUACCGAAGAGAGCAGUAUCUAAUGCUCAAAUUCUCAAAAUUGAGGUUCCCUUAAAAUUUUUCUAAUCCAAUUUAGGUGAACUCACUGAUUCAAUUAGAGCAAGUAAAUUUGUCCCCCAUGUACAAGAACAAGACCUAUUAAACAAAAAUUGACUUUGUUUCAUGCAAAAUAGCAGUUAAUGGGCAUUAAUCUACCUCGCAGCUGUACUUAUUGAGUGUAAUGGUGCCCUUUUCUGGCGAUUUCUAAUCCUAAAAUUUGUUUGUUGUUAGUCCAAAAUGCAACCGUAAAAGCAUGCAGAAGAUAGUACCUACAAUUGUCUUACCUAACAUGAUAAUGGAAAAGGCCCCCCAGAUACAGUCGAAAUUGAAUUUGCCGAUUUUUAAUCAUCAAACGAUUUCCAAGAGUUUUUUGGAUGAUCGGUGACAAUAUUACGAAGGACGGAGGCUUUUUUCAACAAAAUUUUUUCUUCAGACACUACUAGGUCUAUUCUCUCGAAUCUUCAUUUUUGCACUUAUUUUCUUUAGUAACCCUGUAUUUUCGUGUGUAAAUAGCAAUAGGAGCUAUUUAAAAUUAUAAGGACUCAGAUUUGAGAUGUCUUCGUUUUGGAGACAUUGGGCUAAUUGUUGAAAUUGAUAGACAGAGCUAUGGGCAAAGAAGACAAAAGGGAUGUAGAGGGAUCUUAUCGGUGGAAGUGAGUGUUCGCGAUAGAUUAACUAACGGCAACCCACGAGAGACCCUACAGUUAGUCCAUUAUUUUCUCCCUUAGUUUACAGGAAUCGACCAUUUCAAUCCAAAGGAUCGCUCCAUACUCCCUAUGUCCUCUUUGUCUAUCAAUUUCAACAAUGAGCCUACAGAAGAAUGUUUCGUUAAAAAAUUAUCACUUAUUCUCUCCUUCAAAGAUAUGAGCGUUGCUACAAACUCUGUUUAUAUUAAACGGUCCACAAUUUUUAACUAUGAAACUAUUUCUCCUAAUGAUCGAUAUGAAAUUGAUUGAUUUUGAUGUAACUGAUGAGUUAUAAAUAGAAACUCGUUAAUACUGAAUGAAUAAGAACCAGGAUCAAUAAUUUUCAAAUGGAAUGCAAAGGUUUUCAAAACUGCAACUAGCUCAUGAAACGUGAAAGGAGGACCAAUAUUUUACCCCUCCGUGUAUGGCUUGGUCAGAAUUUAAAUGUUACGAUAUCUGUGAUUUCUUUUAAUGUAGAAUUUUUCUUUGUAUGCUGAUGUUUUUCUGUAUUUGUAAAUUCUUAGAAGAAAUUCGAUGGCCAAAGUGCAAAAAUAUGUAUCUCCAUUUGCAACGUUGUAGACUUCCUGUCCCACUUUAUUUUUCCUUUGAAAAACUAGUCAUCGUAAUAACUUGAAAAUGGAGAUUCGUGGUUUCGCACUUUGGCCAUCAGAUCACCCAAGAAAGUGAAUUGUUUGGCGAAUCAUCAAUUUCAUUGCCACUUAUAAAUUUUUCUAAUGUUACUCAUUCAAAAAAACAAAAAACAAAAAAAACAAUGGAAAUACAGUGAAACAGUGAAAUACAAUGAAAGACAAACAUACAAUGUAACAGUGAAAAAAAAUAAUGAACCUCCUCCAGUUUUUUUUAAGUUGGUGUGUGGUUGCGGACAAGGAAUAGUUUGAUUUCAGUUCUUUUAACUAUUGUGAGCCCUGCCUUGCCAAGGAGUAAUGCCGUAUGAACCUCCUAACAUUGCAAAAUUUCCUUAGAAAAAUCUUGAAUUUUCAGGAAAAUCGAUAGGAACAUGUCUCCAAAUUUUCAGAGAAUUCGGUUUGUAAUUUGAACUAAAGUGUCUGCAAAUUUAAAAAAAAAUGUUCAUAUCCUAAAAAAUAAAUAUUUUCUAAGAGGACAUUAUGCAACAUUCGAAUGCCCGUACGCUGUUUUCCUUAGCACGGCAGUGCACUGAUGCUGUUGCAUCAAUUUUAUGACACACGCCUAAUUAAAAGAAUCUUAUCUUCAGCUUAAUAUUUCAAUCAUUCCAAAAAAAGAUGUAUGAGUAGAUGUAACAGAGAUAAUUUGGACCUGUAAUGUAUGGAUUUUUCUUUUAAAUGAAAAACACUCAAAGAUUUACGGCAGAAUAUUGAAUCCCGCUGUGAAUCACUGAUUUUCCUGGUUUUUCGACAAAAAGGAAAAUUUACCAGUGAAAUAUUUUUAUUUUUAGCUGCUCUCAAAAACAAAUGUGACUAUUUUCAGAAUAAUUCAUGUUUGGGGCUCAAAAUUACUGAAUUGAAUCGCAACUGUAAGUUUUUCACAGGCUCAGCUCAAACACUCAAUUUAUUCUUUGGGAUACUUAAGGGUGUUGUGUGUUUAAAACUCCAUUUCAGAAGUACCUCUCAUAAAUGUUACUUUAAAAAAACUGGAAAAGCAUUUCCAGGGUUACUUGUAGUCUGGGAAACUUGGAAAGUCAGGAACUCACAGCAACCUGGAAAAGUCAGGAAAUUCAUUUGAAAAGUUAGGGAAAUUUUGCAAGCAGCAUUUAACAGAAGGCAGCAUAAUUAGAAGGAAAAAAGUCAAAAUGGAAGGAGAGUCAGGGAACCCGACAAUAUUUGAAUAAGGGGAAAAGCGAAAAUAGUUUAGAACAGAAAAUGAAGAAUUUAUGGAAACCUGGAAACCCUGGUUUUCCGUCUAUGUAAAUUUUAACAUUUUCCUGAAGGAGUUGUCUUCUAAAAAUAGACAAGUUUAUUGUUAAAAAUUUUUACUUCUGGGUAAACGGUCUUCUUGAGCUUAUGAUCUUCAGUUAGAAGAGACUUACAGGCACCAUUAUUAAAAAGAGGUAUGCCCAUCAAUUAAAUUCAUGUUCCAUCCAACAUCUUCACCCAUUGUUUCUUAGCAUACCCAGGGAUAUCACAGAGAAAAAUUCCUCAUUUUUUAAUAUUUCAUACCUAGCUGUUUUUAAACUAAAAAAGAAAAAUACAUGUUAAAGUUUGUAUUUAGGCACUAUUAAUUUUAGCUGACAGAAUUUCCAUUGUUGAAUACAUUUUUAAGUGCAUUUUGUCUUUUGUGUCCCUAUGUAGCUUGUCGGUUUAACUCCCAACAAGAUAAUCUACCUGUGAGCUGAUUAUUGAAAUUGACAGACCAAGCGAUGGACAAAGAAGACAUAGGAAGUAUGGAGAAAUCCUAUUGGUUGAAAUGGGUGGUUCCUGUAGACUAAUCAAGGGAGAAAAUGACGAAAAUCAUGAAAAUUAUGGAAAGCGGAUGAUUGAAAUAGACAAAGGAGGUACGUAAUAGACUAACAACGGCAAGCGAUGCGGAACCAUAUAGUUACUCACCAUUACGUACCUCCUUUGUCUAUUUCAAUCAUCCACUUCCACUUCCACUAAUAGGAUCCCUCCAUAUCCCUCUUGUCUUCUUUAUCUAUUGCUUUGUCUAUAAAUUUCAAUAAUCGGCUUUCUGGGACACACCAUGUAGGAAGCUCAUCGUAAUUGUCUUUUCAUUUCUUUUUUGCAUCUGUAAAUGAAAUUUAUAUUUUGAAAUAAAAUACAUGAUUAAAAAUA